AUGACAGCUACAGUAGCUUCAUCUCCCAUUUCAUCGACUGUACAAGAAGUACUCCAUGAAAUGGUUUCAAAAUUACCAAAAGAUAUAUUUGAAAAAAGUACAAGUAAAGCAACUAGAAGAAUAUUAGUAUCAGUUGGUUUAGUCACGGCAGGUGUAGUGAUGAUUUAUAAUUUACCUUGGUACUUGUUGCCUUUGGGAUGGUUGUUUAUGGGAACUGCUUGUUGUGGAUUGUUCUCGGUCGGAUACGCCUGUGGAAAGAACCUGCUCUUCAAGAACCGUGCCAUUAACUACACUGUGGGAACUAUUUUGAUGUUGCCUCUUAUGUACCCUUUUGAGUACUGGAAACGUAGUACUGGAGAGGUACGUGACUAUGUGCGUGACUUGGCCAAGGGUCCAUACUGGUGGUUAAUGUCGCUUCGUCAAUGGGCCACCUCCAACGUUGCUUCAUUGGACAGUCGUCGUAUGCUCUUGUCAGCUGCUGCACUCUACUUGUUUGCCUCGAUCUUUUUGCCGCUGAUGACCUAUGGAUUUGGGUUGUGGGUCCCACGUUUUGUCCAAUACUUGACACAAGACUUUAACAUUGGUGUCAUUCUCGCUCGUCUCCAAACUCAAGCUGAGAACUCGGUCAACGCAGUCAUUGACUUCCCCCCAGCCUACAAGUGGAAAGAAGCAUACCAUGUCCUCAAAAAGGAGUACCAAUUAAAUAUCUCUGAAGAAAACAUCAUGGAUGUUUUACUCAAAGUUGGUCCACUCGCCAAAAAAAUCAUUUGUCCCCAACCUGAACAAGAACAACAACAACAACCAUUAGAAGCACCAAAGAAAAAGAGUAUUUUCGAUGGUAAACCAUGGUAUGAAAAGGUUGUUUGGACAACUACUAUCUUUAUCUUUGCUACACCGUUGUUGUCCAUGUACGGUAUUGCAACAUCGCCAUUCAACUGGAAGACCUAUGUCACUGCAUUUUGCAGCUACUAUAUUGCCGGUAUUGGUAUUACUGCUGGAUACCAUCGUCUCUUCUCGCAUCGUUCCUACGACGCUGUCUGGCCCGUCCGUGUCAUUCUCACGUUGAUGGGUACCACUGCCUUUGAGAUGAGCGUGAUUGACUGGUGUCACGACCAUCGUGCUCACCACCGAUUCACCGAUACCGACAAAGACCCCUACAAUGUCAAAAAGGGGUUCUGGUGGGCACACAUGGGAUGGCUCAUCUUUAAGCGCGAGGAAGAACCCGAUGCCGAUGUGACCGACCUCAAGAACGACUGGGUACUCUACUACCAACACAAAUACUAUACCCCGCUCUCCUUGUUCUUUGGUAUCUUUUUGCCCACAUGGAUCUGCGGUCACUAUUGGGGUGACUGGCGCGGUGGCUUUUUCAUCGCUGGUAUUGCCUCCAAGGUACUCAUGAUGCAAUGCACUUUCUGUAUCAACUCGCUUGCCCAUUAUCUCGGUGAAGCCACCUACACUGAUCAAAAGUCGCCUCGUGACUCUGCCAUCACCUCACUUGUCACCUUUGGCGAGGGUUACCACAACUUUCACCACGAAUUCCCAUACGACUAUCGUAACGGUAUCCACCACUCGGCCUACGAUCCUGGUAAAUGGUUGAUUGGCUUCUUGUCGUGGUUUGGUCUCUCGUACAACCUCAAGCGUUUCCCAGCCGAACUCUUUGAAAAGGGCAAGAUCCAAAUGGCCGAAAAGAAGGCUGCAGACGCCCGUGCCAAGCUCUUUUGGGGAAAACCACUUGACCAACUCGACAUUAUCGAUCGUGAAACCGUCAAACGUACCUGUGCCGACAAGGGUAAGAAAUGGAUCAUCAUUCACGACAUUGUCUAUGACGUAGAAGAAUUCCAAGCCAAACAUCCAGGUGGCGUCCAAUUCAUCAAGGAUUAUAUUGGUAAAGAUGCAUCAAAAGCUUUUGAUGGUCUUGUCUAUAACCAUUCCUUUGCUGCUAGAAAUAUUCUAGAUACUUAUCGUAUUGCUAAAUUAAAAUAA